AUGGCGGUCGCAUUGCGCCAUCCGAGCCUCGUCGGCGGAGUGAUAUCUGUUGAAAACGCCCCCGUGCGCGCGCCACUGAGCAAAGAUUUCGCCAAGUAUAUCAAAGCUAUGAAGGAGAUCGAAGGUGCAAAAGUGACCAAGCAGAAAGAAGCGGAUAGUAUUCUGCAGCCAUAUGAGGAAUCCGAAGCAAUCCGCAGUUUCCUUCUCACAAAUCUCGUGCGCUCCAAGGAUGACAACACCUAUAGAUUCCGCAUCCCAGUCCAAACCCUAGGCGAUAGGCUCGAUAACAUGGCCGAUUUCCCCUUCUCCCCCGAGGGAAACGCAGUCAAGUUCGAGGGCCCGGCACUCUUUGUUCGCGGAACAAGGAGCCAUUAUGUUAAAGACUCGUCGCUGGAUGCUAUCAAGUCCUUUUUCCCGGCAUUUGAGCUCGUAGAUAUUGAUGCCGGGCAUUGGGUGAUUGCUGAGAAACCACAAGCGUUCCAGGAAGAAGCAUUGAGUGUGGCAAUUUACGAACAAAGGCUUUACUCGCCAUCAUCUGUUCAGAUUUCGCGAACACCGGACACCAAGAGAAAAGAAGAACCAGGAAAUUUCAGCCUCGUCACGGAAUUAUUAUAA